AUGUUGUCAAAGCCGGUGUUGAUCCACAUCUCUUCAAUCGUAAACGUCCGACUCGCUAAAUUGUUAAUUGUUCGAGUGAAUCGAUGUUCAUUUCCACAGUCGCGUAACGAGAGCGCCGACGCCUCCAACUCCUCUGCUGUUGCAUGUUCUGAUAAACAGCUUUUCUCCGGUGUCAUAAAUGGCGGUAAAUGGGUGGCGUCUUCUCGUAUCGGCCAGUCUGAUGAAGUCAUAUCUUAUCCUUCAUGCCUGCAUGAUCAAGUCUUCUAUCAAGGACUCGGAUGCAAGUGUGCAGGUAUUGUAGGUGCUGAUCGUCACUGUAAUCCUCUACGAUUUAAGCGGUCUAAAUGA